AUGCUUGCACAGUGGAUUUCAUCAAGGAAAACUAUAGUGCGAGCAGUAUUACUCAAUCUUGUCGGCGGCGAUAUUUAUGGCGACCUCCUACACGACGCAGUAGCCAUCAUUCACAUGCCACCUAUGGACUCUUUCCCUACCGACUCGAUUCUUCACCAUGUCGGCCAAUGGUUAACCAAAGGAUUUUCGGACCCCUUCGAGCAAGAUGAUGGCGAAACUCUCGAUAUGCUAUACCGACUCUUCUCUCGCCUCGCUGUCUUCAUUGAGGACUACAUGACCAAGGCAACGGCUCCUUUCCCACCUCGAGCCUACCUCUGUCUUCCAAGGAUGAAGUCGAUGGACCGCGAACUGUAUUUCCGGGAUCAAGCCAUCGACGCACGACAUGUUGAACUCGACGACCUGACUUGCUCAGAGAGAAACCGCUUUCUACGCGCGUUUGUACGAUAUGAACUGCUCUGCAAACUCUACACCCCACGGCUCUGGAAAAUCGUCGAGCCUAGCGAAUAUGGCGACCAAGUCAAGCAAUUGCAUUCAAACCUUCAUAUCUGGGAGUAUGAGAUGUUACAUUGCGUCCGUGAAUAUGCUCGAAGCGUCUAUGCGGCCAUGUUUGCAAACUUCACUCCUGCAUGGCUACCGAGCGAUCAGACGGCAUCAGAUUCCGAGUCUUCUAGCGGGAAUGGAUUGCUCUAUCCCGACAACUUUUGGACUAAUCCGAACGAAUACUUUUGCAGUUUGGAGCUGUCGCGCAGCUGCUACCACUCGGCAUCGUUUCUGUACCUGCGAGGCUUUGAUCUUCUGACUCACGCCCUGUUGUAUUCAGAAAGCAACCAGGGAAGCUACAGAGAGCUCCGAAAAUGGUUCUUCGGUAUGUCUGCGGAAUGGGUGAGGUCCGAAGACUCCCGCGCACCCUCUCGGGACCACUGGCUUGUACAGGACCAAGGCCCCACGUCCACUUCUUGUGCAGACCUUGGAGUCCGAGGCCAAUUAUUUCAGAAAAUUUCAACCGCUCUUCUGAGGGAAGGCGUCGUGUCAUAUCCACAAGUCAUCGGGUUGAGCACGUAUCUCCAGCUUCGAAUAUACCGACAACGAGCAUGGCCAUUUUUCGAAGACGCAAGGUUCUAUCCAGCUACGGACGGCCUGUGUCACUUUCCAAGCCUGGAUGAACUUGCUGAGCAAGACCGUCUCGUGAAGCUCAAAUUCCCCUAUCCUAAAGGGGAACAACAACGGAGGAGGUCACAAAUGUGGCAGGAUUUUUUCGCUGGAAGGGAGUCGGAGAAUGAUAUUGACUGGCAGGACGAUGACGGCAAGCUGGAGCGUGUGGCUGGUGAGCGGGUUACCAUACCGCGCAUCUUUGAGCGUCCAGUUACGGAGAGACUGAUUCCUUUUUGGCGGUAUGGGAUGUCGAUGAGCACGGAGUAG